GAGUGGAUGCACCGCGACAGACCAACGACGCCCAUUCUAGGUGGCUUCUUUUGUCGUGUCGCGCCCGUCGUUUCCGUAUUGAGUCGUCUUCACCACAUCAACUCAAGAACAGAACAGCCCGCCUACUCGUCUGACAACAGAUCUCCGCCCUGGGCGCCCGCAAUUAUGGAUUGGAACAACCUCAAAGACACGGUGUCGAACCUGACAUUGUACGAUGUCAAGGCCAGUGUGCGCAAGGUGCAGAAUGCUGUCAUGAACUAUACCGAGAUGGAGUCCAAGGUGAGGGAAGCAACCAACAAUGAGCCAUGGGGCUCUUCCUCCACCUUGAUGCAGGAGAUCGCCAACGGAACCUUCAACUAUCAAACGCUCAACGAGAUCAUGCCCAUGAUAUACCGCCGGUUCACCGAGAAGACAGCCGAGGAGUGGCGCCAAAUCUACAAAGCACUCCAACUUCUCGAGUUCCUGAUCAAGCACGGCUCGGAACGUGUGAUCGAUGACGCUCGUUCCCACCUGACCCUACUCAAGAUGCUGCGCCAGUUCCACUACAUCGACCCCAACGGCAAAGAUCAGGGGAUCAACGUACGAAACCGCGCCAAGGAGCUAGCCGAGCUCCUGGGAGACGUCGACCGCAUACGCGCCGAGCGCAAGAAGGCACGCAGCAACAAGGCCAAGUAUACUGGUGUUGAGGGCGGCGGCGGCGGAGGCUUCUCUAGCAGCAGCCGAUACGGAGGGUUCGGGAGUGAGUCUGGUGGCUAUGGCGGCGGCGGCGGUGGCGGCGGCGGGAGCAGCACCAACUACGGCGGAUACUCGGGUGGUGUUUAUGGCGACGGAGGUGGCUUUGGGGGACAGACGGACGAGUGGCGCGGCAGCGGUAGUGGCGGUGGUGGUGGUGGUGGCGACAAGUUCGAGGAGUACGACGAGUUCGAUGAGGGUGAGAAGAAGCCUGCGGCCUCUCAUAGCUCGUCAAGGUCUGGCGUGAAACGGACUACUGGCGGAUCCUCAGCGUCGCCGUCCAAGGCAGCCGAACCACCAAAGAAGAAGGAGCCCGAGGUCGACCUCUUCUCAUUCGACGAGCCCGCAUCAUCGUCCUCGGCUACCGCCGCCCCACUUGCCGCUCCAUCUGCAGGCGCUGGCCUUGCAUCCCUCGCGCCGGCCGCAGCGAGCAACGACGACGACGACGACUUCGAUGAUUUCCAGUCUGCCGCCCCGGCGCAACCACUGGCCCCGCCCAUGGUGACAUCUACCGCCUCGAAUGCGCAAUUUGCUGCGCCGAAGCCUGUUUCAGCCCCCCAACAGGCCAAUCUCGGCACCAUGGUUGGGCUUUCGUCCAUCUCACCCCCGCCAGCCAGCUCCUCCGUGGCCUCCCCACCAGCAGCCAACUACUCAUCCCUCACCACCCCCAUGACGAGCCCGCCGCAGCCAGCAGGCUAUCAGGCUGCUCAGCCCAACUACUUUACGUCUGUGCAGGCAGGCGGAGCCCAGCCGCCUGCGCUGCAUGGCCGCCAAGGUUCGGCGGCUGGGAGCAGCUUCGGUGGCAUGACCCCUAUGUCGGCGGCAAGCACCGGGGCCGCUGCAGCGAAGCCCGCGGCCAAGAGCGGCGGUGGCGAUGCUUUUGGUUCCUUGUGGUCACAAGCUAGCGUUGGUGUCAAGAAGGCGAGCGCCCCCAGCGCAGGCCCAGCCAUGGGCCAGCUGGCCAAGGAGAAGAGUGCGGCCGGCAUCUGGGGCGCCAACACGGCUGCCCCUGCAGCAGGGGCAAACCGCCCGGCACCACCUGCCGGCGGUGAAAGCGGUAGCGCGAACAAUGAUCUUGCGGACCUUCUUGGGUAAUUCUGAUGUGCACAGGCCUGGGUCGGUAGGAGUUGUGUAUAGGCCUCGGUUUUCUCCUUGUAGACUGGCGGCCGUCGGGAGGUACCCCUUUGGCAGAUGAGGGCAUUAAGAGAGCACGUGGGCUUGGUAUCUGGAUAUAUCCGUGUCUUUUGUGCAGAAGGCGUCUGUUAUGGUUCCUUUGUUGUCUCUUUUUAGAGUUCCUAGGUUUUUGUCUUUAGGCCUUGUUCAGAGAAAAGCAUGCUGUUCGUCUUGGUUCACGGGGGUUAUCAAGCACGUGUAAACGCAUUCCAGUAUGGCGCGACCGGUCCUGGGCUGACAAUGUACCCUCAGGUUGCCGGAGCAUGAGGGACCGACCAGGAAUUGUUGUGUCGUGGAUACCAAGAUUACUGCACUGUCUCGUGCCCCAUGCUACCAUUUAUGAACUUUGAACAAACAGGAAGAGGCCCGCCGCCCCGACUCUACCAGGACCCUCC